UGAGGCUGCGGGAGGACUUGAGCUGGAAAUCCCGGAGUCCGCGAGACAACCCCGAUCAACAAGUGUCAGACAGACGAAGAAGUGAUGGAUCACUCCAAACAGACGCAGAAGGACGGCGGGGACAGCGGCUCCGUGCUCAACGGACACUUUGACGGGGUGGUGAAGCGGCCGGCGGGCGGCCCCGGGCGGAGCGCCGCUCCCCAGGCGCCCGGAGCCGAGUCCGGGUCGCACCGGCAGUGCGCGUCGGUGAUGGAGAGCUGGAAGGAGGAGCGCACCAGGAGCGUGGAGGACAACGAGAUGAGCCUGCCGUCCCUGGCCGCAGCCUACACCACCAUCCUGCGGGGGCUCGGGGAGGACCCGCAGCGGCAGGGGCUCCUGAAAACUCCCUGGAGGGCCGCCACGGCCAUGCAGUUCUUCACCAAGGGCUACCAGGAGAAAAUUAUCGACGUGCUGAACGAUGCCAUCUUUGAUGAAGACCAUGAUGAGAUGGUGAUCGUCAAAGACAUUGACAUGUUCUCCAUGUGUGAACAUCAUCUGGUGCCCAUCUUCGGCAGGGUUCACAUCGGCUACCUCCCCAACAAGAGAGUCCUGGGACUCAGCAAACUGGCCAGGAUCGUUGAAAUCUACAGCCGCCGACUACAAGUUCAGGAGAGGUUGACCAAACAGAUUGCUGUGGCGAUCACUGAGGCUCUGCACCCCACCGGAGUCGGAGUCGUCAUCGAGGCAACCCACAUGUGCAUGGUGAUGCGAGGAGUUCAGAAGAUGAACAGUAAAACCGUCACCAGCACCAUGCUGGGAGUUUUCAGGGAAGAUCCAAAAACCCGCGACGAAUUCCUGACACUCAUCAGGAGCUGAGGAGGACCAAGCUCUUCCUCUCCCUCCUGCUCCUCCUCCUCCUGUUGCCUGGGGUUACCUCCACCUGCACGGACCAUGUGUCGUGCCACUUGUGUCUCUGUGUGUGUGUCUGUGUGCAUGUGCGUGUGUGUGUGUGUGUGUUUCCAUCUCGCCAAAGGCAGAGUGUUUAUUGUGUUGUCCGUCGUCGUAGCGUGCAGAUAAAGUGCAACGUUACCUCGGUGAUUUCAGGACAUUGACUGACACGUUGUUUACUUUUAAAUCAGUUGACAGACUUUAAUCUUUUGUCCAUGCAUGUUAUGUGUGUGUGUGUGUGCGUCUGUGUGUGUCGUUAAUCAAACACCAGACUCCGGCCUCGAGAAAUAAGACUGAAACGCAACUUUAAUCGAUCCUUUAGCAUAGUCUUUUAUGUCUUUAAGUCUUUUAUGGAGAAUGUCUUUCAAAUAACACAGAAACUACAAGGUUUCUGUUUGUAGUGAAAUUAGAAAAUUCCAAGAAAAGCUUAAUUUCUUCAAGCAGAAAGGCAGAAGAGACUCAUGUUGACUUUCUAUUAUUUAUGCGAUUAAUGAAGCAAAAUUGCCAAAAGUUAGAUUUUUGUUUUAAAGAAUUUAUCUAAUCUAAUCUGAAGACUUUUGUCUGAUUUAUCCUCCUGUGUUUUAUUGAAGGUUUAAUUAGCAGCAGCAUCAACUAAUGGUUUUCACCUGUUCAAGAUCUUUUCGCUUCACGUUUCUGCGCCGUGCAGAACUUUAAGACUCCGUCAGACCUCAGAAACCUCAGACGUUAUCAUUUCCUUUUCGACUUUUCUUUUCUUUAAAGUCAUGGGGGGUUAAAAUCGAAGCUACUGAAAACGACACCACCGUUGUCACUGUUCAUUAUAUUUUCAUGAUCCUGUACAAGGAUCCGCUUUCAUGUGCCAAAAUAAUAAUAAUAAUAAAAAAAAAACAACAACUGAAACCCCAACAAGCAGAUUUACAUUUCCAUGAGAGGCAAAGGAAAUGUGUGUGUGUGUGUGUGUGUGUUGUCGUCUUUACACUCUUCAUCCCAGCUGAUGAAGAGUGUGAGGAAGCUGAGUAGUGAGUGACUUUGUGUUAACUCUUGUUGCAAUUUCAUUUUUUUGUUUUUGCAUCUCAAUGCACCAUAAUGUCCAAACGGAUUUCGGGAGGUUUUAAGUGAAGAUGAGCGCUAACAAAUGUGUUGUUUUUGUGGCCUUGUUGAGAAGGACGGCCUGUCACUUCAUGUACUGUGUUUCAUUCAGAGACUUUUUAAUCAAAGAAAAUAAAUCUCUACAUGACAGGGA